UCUGGGACGAGGGAGGUGAGCGCUGUAGGGCCUCAUUGCCGUGUUCGCUCAAGCUUGCUAUUGCGCAGGGUAACAGGUUGGGGGGUUUGCAGUAGUUCUUUUUAAGUAGUCCUUCGCUUGGUUCCAAAAUGAGUUCGUAUGGAUCCCAAAAGGGUCUUAAUAGCUUGCCUAGGAGAAGCACUUCCAGGUCCGACGUCACCGGUGGGAAUUACCCUUAUGCCAGGAGCGUUGAGAUCCAAGGGGGUAAUGGAUACGGUGGAGAGUACGCGGGGGGUUACAACACCAUUUCGUAUCACAAAACUUCUGGCGGAGGAGGAUAUGGAGGCUCGUACCAGGUCAGCCCUGUACACCAGAGAGCCUCUCUGCUACAACAGCAAUGCCAGGACUACCUGAACAAAGCCGAGAUGAUCCUGCAGUCUGGCGCCGACGCCGGCCGAGUGAUGAUGGAGACGGAGAAGUACAUGGCCAUGUCCACGGACGUGAUCCACCAACUGAAGGGCUGCGCCAUGGAGCUGAGGCAGAUCGGCCAGCCCAACGAGAGCAUCGUCAGGAGUGUGGAGGUGUUCCAGGACCAGCUGCGGGCCAUCCACUAUGCCAUGAAUGGGACUACCGUGCGCAAGAAGAGCAGCCUGGGCUGGGAGGACCCUGGGCCCAGCUUCCACGACGCCAUGGGCUGGAUCGGACAGCAGAAGCGUCUUAUAGAGACAUCAUCAUGGGGCGACACCAGCGAUGUGAUUGAUCAGCAGCUUGUCAGCCAUAGCAAGUUCCACAGCACCAUCCAGCGCAGUCCAGAGGUGGACAAGGCCCGAGACGAGCUGAUACAGAAGGGCGACAAAGCAGCUCUGAAUGCACUGGAGCAGGAAUGGGACAGCUUACAGAAAUUGUCAUUCACCCGAACAAGCCAGCUAAGAGACCUGCAGAAGAUCAUCGAGGAGAUCUCCCGCGAGAUCAUGUGGGUGAAUGAGCGGGAGGAGGAGGAGCUGAUGUUCAACUGGGGGGACAAGAACAUCGAUGACUACAUCCCCAAGAAGCAGGAGAGCUAUUCGAAACUCAUGAGUGACCUGGAAGAAAAAGAAAAACAACUGAAUAAGCUGAAACACAAGGUGGACGGACUGCUGAAGAACAAUCACCCAGCGUCCGACAAGAUCGAGGCUUACAUGGACACCCUGCAGACACAGUGGAGCUGGCUGCUCCAGAUCACCAAGUGCAUUCAGGUGCACUUGAAGGAGAAUGCAGCCUACAGCCAGUUCUUCAAGGAAGCACAUGAGACGCACAGCAAGUUGCUGAAAGAGCAUGAAAACGUCCGGAAGAAGUUCACCUGUGAUAAGACCACACCCUUGGAGACUCUUCAAGAAAUGGUGAAGAAUCUGGAGAAGGAGAAGGAGCGGAUCAUAGAGAACAAGCGGCAGGUGCAGCACCUGGUCAACAAGUCCAAGAGCAUCGUGAGACUGAGGCCCCGCAACCCCGAGGAGAAGAACACUGGUGCUACCCUGGUGAAGGCACUGUGUGACUACAUGCAGGACCAGAAAGGCAUCUACAAAGAUAAUGAGGGCAUUCUGAAGGACAACUCCGAGCGCAGCAAGUGGCAGGUUAUGGGCCCCGGGGGUCUGGAGAUGACCAUUCCCUCCGUGUGUCUCCUCAUCCCUCCUCCCAACCCUCUCAGCAUCAGCCUGGCUAACAAGAACGAGCAGUAUUACGAUGCAAUCCUGGGAAUCUGGAACCAACUCUACAUCAACAUCAAGAGCCUGAUCUCCUGGCAACUCUGCCUCAAGGAUAUCGAGUACAUCAACUCUCUCACCAUCACCAUGAUUUCCAAAAUGCGGCCAGAGGAAUAUCGCAAAAUCAUCAAGAACAUGGAGACCCACUUUCAGGAGUUCCAGCGCCAUUCCAAGGGCUCUGAUUUGUUCGUCGAGGACGACAAGCAACUCAUCGAGACGCAGUUCACGGGGGCCCAGACCCAUUACGAUGACCUGGUCGUGCACCUGCCCGCUUUCAAGCCACCCGGCGUAAAAGAAGACGAGGUGAAGGAGAAGGAGGCGCCGGUGGUGAAGGAGGUGCCAAGGCCGGACUUGAAGCUGACGCUGCUGACGGAGCUCCAGCUGCUGCGGCAGAGGCUGGAGGCGGCGGAGGAUAACGUCUCCCAGCACCCUCAGAUGCCCAUGGGCGAGGACGGGCUGCUGGCGUGCUCCCAGCGCCUCCUCCGGCUGGAUAGCAUCGAGCAGGACGUGGACUCAAUCCGGGACGACUACCUGAAGCUGAAGGAGAAGAUCCUGAAGAAGCUGGAAGGGAUUCCGGACCCAGAUAAGGUCAAGUACCUCAGGAUGGAGCUCAACCUCAUCAACCAGAAGCUGGGCAGCCUGGAGGGCUUCUCCUCCUCCCACACCGAGAGGAUGAAGAAGCAGAUGACCCUGCUACAGGCUUUGAUGCAGGGCGAGGAUGUCAUCAAGGUGUACGAGGCCCGCUUGACGGAGAAGGAGACCACCUCUCUGGACCCAGAUGAGGUGGAGGAGUACAUGACCACCCUCAAGCUCAUGAAGUCAGAGCUGGAGCAGAAGUCGCGCAUCAUGGGGAAGAUGGAAACAGAGUUGAGCAGCUGUGUAGGAUUCAACAGCCUGGAGGGCCAUUCCUGUCCCAAGUGUGAGCUGGAACUGUCCAAGUAUACUGAGCUUGUGGGCCAGAUGUCGGACCGCUGGCUCCGCAUCCACGGGCAGAUCGACAGCAGGCUCGUGGACAUGGAGAAUUACCUACUGGAGCUCAAGCAGUACCGCGACUCCAGCUCCUCCCUCAACGGCUGGAUCGACACCACCCGCCAGCGCCAGGACGCCCUGCAGGGGGCGAAGUUUGAGGACGAGGCAGUCCUCACCGAGCACAUCACCCAGCAGAAGGCCCUGAACUCUGAAAUUAAAGUGAAGAGGGGAGAUGUAGAAGACGUUUUUAAGGACGGAAGCACAUGUGCUUCCACCAUCAAGGACUGUGAGUUGCAGCUAGCCUCCUAUAGCUCCGGCCUGGAGACCCUACUCAACAUCCCCAUCAAGAGGACUAUGCUGCAGUCCCCGGCCACCAUUAUCACAGAGGAGGCCAGCGAUCUGCAGGCACGCUAUGUCGGGCUCCUCACCAGCUCCAACGACUACGGAAAGUUCCUGGCUGAAAUGCUGAAAUACAUGCAGGAGCUGAAGAUCAGGAACACCAGAAUUGAACUUCUGGAAGAACAGCUGCGGAUCCUGCAAGAGGAGAUGGAAGAGCAGAACCAGAAGAACAAGUCUCUUGAAGCGCUUCUGGCCAAAUUCCAGAAGGAGCUCACAGAGUCCAAAGACCAGCUGCUCUCCAUGGAAGAGGUGAAGAGGACCCACGAUUUAGAGUGCCAUGCUGCCAGGGACAACCUGAGCGCCACCAGCAACCAGAUCGCUGAGCUGAACGACAAAUUGGCCCGGCUCAACCAACUGCUGGAGGAGGAGCAGAGGAAGAAGAAGCUCCUAGAAGAGACGUACAAAUACCACCAGGAGGAGUACGAGGUCAUCAUCCGGAAGAGGCAGAAGGAGCUGGAAGAGGUCAACUGCGCUAAGAUUGAUGUGGAGAACACCGUCAGGGACAAGGACCGGGAGAUUGAGAGGCUGAGGAUGCAGCUGGAGAACGAGGCCUCCAGGCUGCGGGAGCUGGAGUCCGAGCUCUCCAAGGUAAGGAAGCAGUACAGCCAGGAGGUAACCGACCUUAAGACUACCUACGAGUCCGAAAUCCAUGUCACAAAGAUGCACAUCCAGAACGCCUCCAAGCAGAGCGAGGAUGACUCGUCGGCCUUGAGGACGCAGUACGAGGAGCUGGAAAAUGAGAAGCGGGACCUGCAGGAGGAGCUUAAGAGGCUGAGGCUCUCCAUGAAGGAGGUGGAGACACAAAGAAGGAGGGCGGAGGAGGAGGUGAGGCAGAAGAGGUCGGCAGGGACUGAAGAAACCAAGAUAAGGACGGAGAUGACUGUCCAGAUUGACACACUCAUCAAGGAGAGGGACGAGAUUGAACUCAAGCAUAAGGAGUCCCUGGCGGGUGCCAACAGGAUGAUUCAGGAGAAGAACAAGGAGCUCUCUACUCUCACUCAGAACCUGGAAGAGGAGUAUAAGAGGAAGAGGGCCCUUGAGGCUGAAAUCGCCAACCUCAAACUGGCCCUGAAAGACCUGCAGACGGAGUAUGAGUCCUCCAUCCAGGUCAUAAAUGAACUGAAGGUGUCGUCGUCGGAGGUGACCACGGUCAAAGUGGAGUUGCAGAAGCAGGCCAGUGAGAGGAGCAAGGCGGAGAAAUCCAUAGCAGGCCUUCAGAGCAACAUCAACGACUUGCAGAAGAUGUUGGCGGCGGCCAAGGCUGAGGCCGAGAGGUACAGGACAGCCAGUCUGGAGGAGGCUAGCAGGAGGCAGAGGGUGGAAUCGGAGCUGAACAAUGUGAGGCUGUCGAUCACGGAGUACACGACCACCAUCAGCUCGCUGAAGAAGCAGCAGGAGGAGGCGUCGACCACGGACAGGAAAAGUGAGCAGGACCGGAGGAGCCUCCAGGAGAACCUCGACAAGAGCCUGAGGGAGCACAAGGCCACCAGCGAGAAACUGGCACAACUGUCUGCCGAGCUGAAGGCCCUGCAGCAGCAGCUCGCCCAGGAGCAGGCGCGGGUCAGGGAGGCCAACCUCCGCAACGAGACCCUGUACAAGGCCAUGGAGGAGAAGAGCAAAGCGCUAAAUAGCAACACCACGGAGAUCGGGAAUCUGCAGAGUCUCACCCAGAAGCUGACCAAGGAGCGUCUGAUGCUAGAGGAGGAGCUGAGGGCCCUCAGGCAGGAGCUGGGCGACCUGAAAAAGUCCAAGGAGAGCAGCAGCCAGGAAACCAUUGCCCAGAUAUCCGCUCUCCAGCUUCAGCUCCAGAACAGUAGCAAAUCCAGCCUGGAGUAUCAGAAGAUGAUGGAGGAAGUGACCAAAGAAAGGGAGAAGUUAAGACUGGAAAUCGAAAAAAUCCAAAGGCAAAUGACGGAGGCAUCCAAGAAGAUGCAGGAAUCUCAAGGUCGCUAUGACCUGAUCCUGAAAGAGAGGGACAGCUUGCUGCUCAAGAUGAAACAAUUGGAGCAGGAUCAGGCCAAGAGGAAGAAGAAUGAUGAGGAGCUUAAUCGCAUCAAGGUCACCCUGGAGUCUGAGCUCCGGCUGAAGAAGAGUCUCCAAGAGGAGAACAACAAGAUCAGAAAGGAUUUCGAACACUGGAAAGCUCAGUACGAGCUGAAAGAGAAACUGGUCAAGCAGUACGAAUCAGAAAAGGGUACAUUGCACAAGGAGAAGACCUCCCUGACGAUGGAGAUUGAAAGGCUUCUGUCAGAGCUGAAGCUGGUGGAGGAAAGGUACAAGGUAAAGAUGAAGAGCACAGAGACGGAGAUGAAAGAUCUGGCCUCGCUGAGAGACAGCCUGCAGGCCGAGCUCAGAAAGCUGAAGCAGCGCCCGAAUGUGUACAACAAGCAAACGCAGACUGAAAUGGACACGGUGGACGGCUCAACACUCCUCUUUGAUGGAAUUCGCCGAAAGGUCACCGCCCAUCAGCUUCACGACUGUGGGAUCAUUGACAAGGCCACACUCGGCCAGCUGCUCAAGGGCAAGAAGACCGUAGAGGAGGUGGCCCUCGACAUCAAGCUCUAUCUGAAAGGCACGGGCACUAUCGCCGGCAUGGGUGGCCCUGAAGGCAAAAUGUCCUUCACUGAGGCGAAGAAUAAAGACGUCCUCACACCACAGUGUGCAUCCAGGCUCCUAGAGGCACAGGCUGCUACUGGUUUCAUAAUCGAUCCCAAAGAAAACAAAAAAAUGCCUGUGGAUGUUGCCGUCACCAAGCACCUAGUGGAUUUUCAGGACAGAGACCUGCUGUUGACAGCGGAAAACGCCUGCACUGGCUUUAAGGAUCCCUCCACUGGCAAGCUUCUGUCUGCAGGACAGGCCAUGAAGAAGGGCUGGAUUGACCUGGAAACAACCCUCCGUCUGCUCCAGGCUCAGGAGUCUGUUGGAGGCAUCAUUGACCCUGUCCUGAGCGUCUUCCUGACCAAGGAUGGCGCUCUGGACCGGGAUUUAAUCGACCAGGAACUAUACUCGGCUCUGAAUAAGAGGCCACGCUGCUACAUCGAACCUGUCACACAAGAAGACGCCAGCUACAUUGAUCUGAAGAAGAAGUGCCGAACAGACUCAGCCACCGGCCUUCUCCUCCUCUCGGCUCCACAGAAGCCGAUCAUGGUGAAGGGGCUCAGAAGAGAGGUCUCCGUCAAUGAGCUAGUCGACUCCCGCCUGCUCGAACCGUCCGACGUGGAUAACUUAAGAGCGGGUAAAAUAUCAAGCGAGGAUAUUCAGAUCAGGCUCAGGCAAUACCUUCGGGGUUCGGCCUGCAUCGCAGGGAUCUAUGACGAAGCCAGCGGCCGGACAUUGCCCAUCUACCAGGCUAUGAAAGAUGAACUACUCAGACCAGGGACAACGUUGGAGCUACUUGAAGCCCAGGCCGCGGCAGGAUUCAUGCUUGACCCCGUAAAUAACCUGUAUCUGACCGUGGAAGAGGCAGUGCAGAAAGGCCUGGUCGGCAAAGAGUACAAAGACAAGCUCCUGUCUGCUGAAAGAGCUGUGACGGGGUACACAGAUCCCGCAUCAGGCAAGCCCAUCUCCCUGUUUCAAGCCAUUGAUAUAGGCCUCAUUGAAAAGGGACAUGGUAUCAGGCUCCUGGAGGCUCAGAUUGCGAGUGGCGGCAUUAUCGACCCCAAAUUUAGCCAUCGCAUAGAUGUGGACGUGGCAUAUCAGCGUGGAUACUUUGACAAGGAGAUGAGCAGUAUACUGAUCAGUGAGGAUGACGACACAAAGGGCUUCUUUGACCCAAACACCCAGGAGAAUCUGACCUACCUGCAGCUGAAAAACAGGUGCAUCACUGACAAAAAAACAGGAUUGGUCUUGCUACCGCUCCUUGACAAGAAAAAGCGACAGUCCACCCAGAAGAACACCCUUCGCAAGCGUAGAGUGGUGAUUGUGGACCCAGACACAAAUAAAGAAAUGACGGUGAAGGAAGCUUACGAUAAGGACCUCAUUGACUAUGAAACCUACAUAGAGCUCUCAGAGCAGGAGUGUGAGUGGGAGGAGAUUACCAUCACAGACCCCGACGGCUCCAUCCGAUAUGUCGUCAUUGACAGGAAAACGGGCAUCCAGUACGAUAUCGACGAUUGUCUUGAACAGGGCCUAAUUGACCAGGCCACAUUUGAAAAAUACCGCUCGAAGGUGAUCAAUCUGACUCAGUUCAUGGACAUCCUCACCAAAAAGGCACGGUCGGUGACUUCUUCAACCAGCACAGAAACUUCAAUCAGCAGCUCCACACUGCGUUCAGCCCCACCUCAGCCUGCCGGCUCAGCACAGCCUGCCGGCUCAAGACAGCCUGCCGGCUCAACACAGCAAGCCAGCUCGACUAAGUGCACUACCACCACACAGAGCACCACCACCGUGCAGCGUACCAGCACCACACAGCGUACAAGCACCUCAAAGUAUAUCAGCACAGCACAGGUUGACUCCGCGGCCCUACCUGGCUCCACACAAAUAGAGCCACCGCUCUCACCGAACUCACUCAAGCACAUUGCCAGCAUCUCCAUUAUACUCGCUUCUCCGACAGAAGUGCUGGACGAGCAAGUCCCCAUCGGGGCUAUAUUUGAUGCGGAUAAUCUUGAGAAGAUAACCAUCAUGGAGGCACUGCAUCGCGGCAUACUGGAUACCAUUACCGCCCAGCGUCUGCUGGAAGCUCAGGCCUGCACUGGCGGCAUCAUUGACCACAACACCGGGAAAAGGUUUUCGGUGCAAGAAGCCGCUCGCCAGGGCAUCAUAGACGAUGACAUGGCCACCAAGCUGAAGCCGGCACAGAAGGCGUUCUUUGGGUUUGAAGACGUGAAAACCAAGAGAAAGAUGUCAGCGGUGGAGGCGAUAAAGGAAAGAUGGCUGCCCUAUGGGGCUGGGCAGAGGUUCCUUGAAUUCCAGUAUGUGACGGGCGGCCUAUUUGACCCCGAGAUACAAAAAAGGAGGACCCUUCAGGACGUCGUCCAGAAAGGGUGGCUCGACAGCCGAGGGGCUCAGAAGCUCCAAGACACUAGGCAUCACUCCAAGAACCUGACCUGCCCCAAGACCAAGCUGAAGAUCUCCUACAAAGAGGCCAUGGACAACUGCAUGGAAGAGGAGGACAGUGGGCUGAAGAUGCUCCACGCCACCUCCAUGUCCUCCAAGGGGAUCAGCAGCCCCUACAAUGUGUCCUCUGCCCCUGGCUCUCGCAGUGGCUCCAGACCUGGGUCUCGCCGAGGCAGCGUAGACCUGAGCUCCAAAUACAGCUUCAGUUACUCCUUCAGCUCCCGCUCUGCCUGUUAAACGGCAAGCCCCUGUCACGUGACACUGCAGGAUUAGCCCGCUACACUUGAUAAAGUUAAUCUUUUCUCAGUUUUUACUCCUGGUUAGGAAUCCAGGAGUGGGGAAUUGACAGGUGAGGCCUUGGUACAUACAUUUAAGCAGAUAAUGCAGCGGUUUGGGCAUUGAUCGAGAAGAUAUUGAAAGGGAAUAUUUAGGGACACUGGGGAUUUUUAAAUAACAAAAUUAUUUUCAAGUGCUUUUUACAAUUGAUGCAUGGAAUAUUAAAUGCUUUUUUACGUUGCUUUUGGCUUUGCUGUUACAUUUUAACUGAAUAUCUUCAGGUAGGAAGCUAAUUCAUGUUCUCAGUUUCUAUUGGUGUUUCUUUUGCUUUGAUAAAAAAAACAAAAAAACUGUAACAACUGUAUCUUAGUUUAUUGAUGUACCUUAGAAAUACAUGUUCAAAUGCUUUGGUUGAUUCAUUAGUUGCAAUAAAUUACAUACAGAUUCUUUAAAUUAA